CCAUCCACCCUCUCUCUCUCUCUCUCUCUCUCUCUCUCUCUCUCUCUUUCUAUGUGUGAUCCACACUGACAGUGUAGCUUGGUCUCCAGUGGGCCCAAACAGUCAAACCGAUCCUCAGAUCGCCUCCAAAGCCCACCUGCCUCCCCCAGCUCUGUCACCCAGCUCUCCCAGCCCCACAGCCCGUGUGUUGGCUGCUCCAUCGGUGUGUUCCCUCCAUCGGCUUCCUGCUGUGGACCAUGUGUGAGUGUCUGCGUGGAAUAUUCAGAGUCACCUGGACGCCUUCCUCCAAUACAGACUCUGACAGAGACCAAGAGGACAGCCAUGUUUUCAGCCAGACCAGAGAUCCAGCCGUAAAAGACAAGAGGCGGUCGCCCCCCUCUAACAGAUCCCCCUCCGCCCCACAACGCAACCCUCACCACAGCGGCUCCACAGACGAACAGGAGAGCCCAGAGAGAGUGGUGCAGAAGGAGAAGCUUCAUGCAGAGCUGAAGCAGGUGUUGAGUCAGAAGAGAAGUCACCUGAGAGAGUCCACCUGCCAGCUGGCCCAACCAGAGAUGGACUCCGAGACCACAGACGAACAGACAUGUGCAGAGGACGCCUCCCAGUCCGUGGAAAUCGUGGUGGAGGCGGAGGCUGGAGCCAGCGGCUACAGUGUGACUGGUGGAGGACAGCGAGGGAUCUUUGUUAAAGACGUCCUCAGAGACUCACCAGCCGCCAAACAUCUCAGUCUACAGGAAGGUGACCAACUGCUGAGUGCCAAGGUCUACUUCGACAACGUGAAGUAUGAAGACGCUCUGAAGAUCCUUCAGUGUGCCGAGCCAUACAAGGUCAGCUUCCAGCUGAAGAGGAGCAUCCCCGGAGUCGAGGUCUGCGUGCGGCCUCGAGUUCCCAGUGUGGAGGUCAAAGGUCCCAAAGCCAAGACUGCCAAAAUGAGUGUGAAGGGCAUCAAGGCAUUCAAGGCCAAGAAGAAGAGAGGUGGUCGUUUUGGUCUGAAGAGGCUGAAGGAGAAACACAGAGAGGAGCUGGUGAUCGAGGGAACGCCGCCCAGGCUGGAGAUGAGUGACGUAGAUGUGGAGUUUUCUCUCCCCAAAUUCAAACAGAGGAGGAGCACGAAGGUCGAAGCAGAAGGAGCCGGAGGAGCAGCAGCCGUGGGGAAGGCAAAGAGGAGGAUCAGGUUUCCCCACAUGAAAACAAAGAGUUACACUGGAGAAGACGCAGGAGGAAAAGUGGAAACAGGACAGCUCGAGGGACAGGUGAAUAUCUCUUCACCUGCAAUACCUGGAGCUAAAGUGAAAACCAAAGGAAAAGGACACAAGUUUGGAAUCACCUUUCCUAGGACCAAACACACAAAGUCAGGCUCAGCAUCAGAAACUGGAUCUGUGGAGCUGAAGCCUCCAAGUGUGACCAUCCAGCAACCAUCAGUGGAGUUCAGUUUGUCUGGUGAUAAAAAAGUAGACGUGGAGAAGGGAGGAGUUAAGCUUAACGUGCCUGAUGUGGAGUUUGCACUCCCUUCAGGAAAAGCUGAGGCAUCUUUGCCCGCUGUGAAGGGAAAAGCAGAAAUCAAAGUUCCGAAAAUCGACAUCAAAGGAGGAGUUGAUGCAGAGGCAGCUGUUGGAAGAGUUGAUGUAGACAUAGGCAAAGGAGAUGCAAAACUAAGAAUGCCAAAGUUGAAACUGCCCAAAGUUAGACUCUCACGUCAUUCAGAUGAGAUAGAUGGGGACAUUAAGGUGAAAGCCAAAGGGAUGAAGGUGCCUCACGCUAACAUAAUACCUCCAAAAGUAGAAAUGACAGGAGGUGGUGAGAUUAAUCUCCCUGAGGCAAAUAUCACCAAACCAAAGAUGGAAGUUGAUCUCUCAGGAAAAGCUGCAUCUAUUAAAAUGCCUUCUGUUGAUAUUUCUUUACCAAAAGUGAAGGGAAAGUCUGACAUGGACGUCUCACUCCCAGAGUACGAAGAAGCUGGGAAGACGGCAAUCAAAAUGCCUGCCAUUGACAUCUCUGUGCCUGAUGUUGAUUUUGAAUUGGACACCAGACACAGAAUUCCUGAUGAGGUGGAGGGCACUUUUAAAGGGCCCAAAAUCUCCAUGCCAAAAGUUGAUAUGUCGUUGCCAAAGAUGGGAUCAUCCAAUGUGGAUAUUGAAGGUCUAGAAGGUGGAGGGAAAUUUAGUCUACCUUCUGUUGACAUCUCUCCACCAAAGGUGAAAACAAAGGGUGGAGAUGUGGAUAUGGACUAUUAUGUUGGUGGAGAUGGGAAGUUCAAAAUGCCUGAGUUUGACAUAUCCCUUCCAAAAUUGAAGUCACCAGAAGGAGAAGUAAAUAUCAAAGCCGAAGGCUUCAUGUUACCCAAAGUAGACCUGACACUUCCCAAGGGCAAAGCAGUAAUGACUGAUAUGACUGAUAUUGAAGGAGGAGGAAAAUUUCAGUUACCAUCGUUUGACAUCUCUCUCCCUAAAAUGAAGACAGGUGAGGUGGCGGUUGACAUUGAAGGCCCUGAAGUGAAAGGUGGUAAAUUUGAAAUGCCAACACUUGAUAUUUCUCUGCCCAAAGGCAAAAUGGAAGGAGACAUUGACAUAGAAGGACAUGCUGGGAAGGGAGGAAAAUUCAAAAUGCCUACCUUUGAUGUGUCUCUACCAAAGCUAAAACAACCAGAGGGUCAUGUGAACAUUGAGACACCCACACUUGAGGGUGGGGGUAAGAUCAAGAUGCCCUCUCUUGAUAUAUCAAUGCCAAAAGGAAAGUUGGAGGGUGACAUUGAAAUAGAGGGUCCAUCUGCAAAAGGUGGAAGGUUCAAAAUGCCCUCACUUGACGUCAGACUCCCUAAGAUGGGGACAACUGGGGCUGAAGUUGACUUACAAGGACCUGAGAUUAAAGGAGGGAAAAUUGAGAUGCCAUCAAUAGAUAUUUCUCUACCAAAAGGUAAAUCCAAGGGUGAGGUAGACAUCGAGGGAAAGGAAGGCAAGUUCAAAAUGCCUUCAUAUAAUAUAAAUCUUCCAAAAAUGAAGUUGUCUGAGGGAGAAGUUGUUUUGGAGGGACCUGAAAUCAAAGGUGGAAAGAUUGAGAUGCCUACUGUUGAUUUCUCUGUUCCCCAAGGAAACGUAGAGGGAGAUUUGGACAUUGGUGGCAGUAAAGUAAAAGGAGGCAAAUUCAACAUGCCCUCUUUAGACAUUUCUCUCCCAAAAAUGAAGCUACCUGAGGGAGACAUGAAGCUAGAAUAUCCUGAACUUCCAAAUGUUGACUUUUCACUCCCCAAGGCAAAUGUGGAGGGCAACAUAGAGCUUGAGGGCAGUGAUGGUAGCGGACACAGGUUCAAGAUGCCAACUUUUGACAUCUCAUUCCCAAAGAUGAAAACCAAGGAGGGAGAGGUUGAUAUUGAAGGACCUGAAGUCAAAGGAGGAGCAAAGUUCAACAUGCCAUCACUCGAUAUCUCUCCUCCUGCUAUGAAAUCACCAAAGGGGGAGGUAGAGAUCGAUGCUUCUGGAGCCAAAGGAGGAAAGUUUAAGAUGCCUUCUUUAGAUGUAUUACUACCAAAGAUCAAAUCACAUGGAGGUGACAUUGAUAUUGAAUCUCCUGAGUUUAAGGCAGAUUUAGACCUAAAGGGAGGUGAGAUCAAGGGAGGGGAAAUAAACAUGCCUACAGUUGAUAUCACUCUUCCAAAAGGAAAAGCAGAGGGUAAGAUGAAUAUUGAAGGACCUGCAGGGAAAGGAGGCAAGUUUAAGAUGCCUACAUUUGAUGUAUCUCUACCAAAGAUGAAGAUGCCUGAGGGAAAUAUUGGCCUUGAGGGACCCUCGGUUGAUACCUCUAUUCCAAAGGGAAAAGUAGAGGGUGACGUAGAAACCAAAGGUAAAGGAGGACAUUUUCAUAUUCCCUCAAUUGAUGUUUCUGUCCCUAAAAUAAAAUCAAAGCGAGGUGACAUCAACAUCGAGGGACCAGAAAUUAAAGGUGGGGGAAUUAAAAUGCCAACGAUUGACAUUUCAACCCCUCAAGGAUCAUUAGAAGGUGAUAUCAGUGUCGAGGGUGAAGGAAAAGAAGGAAAAUUCAGCCUGCCGUCAAUAGACAUCGCCCUCCCUGAAGUAAAAUUCCCUGAAGGAGAUGUGAAUUUUCAAGGGCCGAAAGUUAAAGGUUGGAAAUAUGAAAUGCCAAAAGUAAACGUCUCGCUUCCUAAAGGAAAAGCACAGGGAGACAUUGAUAUUGACAUUCGCUCUGGAAAAGAUGGGAAUAUUGAAAUACCAUCCUAUCAUACUGGACUUCCUAGAGGAAAAUUCAAAGGUCCUGAGCUUAAGGGAGGACAAAUCAACAUGCCAGACAUUGACCUUUCACUCCCCAAAGGAAAGGCUGACCUCAGUAUUGAGGGGCCUGAGGAAAAAGGAGGAAAAUUCAAAAUGCCAAAAUUCGACGUUUCACUUCCAAAGAUUAACCUGCCAGAGGGAAACGUCGAACUGGAAGGACCAGGGAUAAAAGGAAAAAUGGAUAUGCCAACUGUUGAUGUUUCACUUCCAAAAGGAAAACUAGCAGGAGAUGUUGACACUGAAGGGAACGGUGGUAAAGGAGGCAAGUUUCACAUGCCUUCACUUGAUAUCUCUCUUCCUAAAAUCAAAGCAAAGGGAGUUGAAGUCAAAGGUGAUAUGUCACUCCCUAAAAUUAAGUCUCCAGAGGUAGAUAUCAGCCUUGAGGGUCCUGAUGUUAAAGGAGGAAAGUUUAACUUGCCAACUGUUGCCAUUUCACUCCCCAAAGGAAAACUUGAGGAUGACCUUGAUGUUGAGGGUCCUGAGGUGAAGGGGGGUACAUUUAAAAUGCCAAAAUGUGAAGUUUCUUUACCAAAGGUGAGUCUCCCAGAGGGUGAUGUCAAAAUAAAAAGCCCAGAAAUCAAAGGAGGGAAGAUUGAAAUGCCAGACAUUAAUAUGUUACUCCCCAAAGGAAAAGCUAGAGGGGAAAUUGAAGGACAUGCUGGCAAAGGAGGCAAGUUCCAUAUGCCCUCUGUUGACAUCUCUCUUCCUAAAAUGAGAGCUAAGGGACCAGAGAAAAAUAUUGUAGUCCCUAAAGUUAAAGGUGGAAAGCUAAACAUGCCAUCACUUGAUGUUUCUCUGCCCAAAGUAAAAUCUCCCGAUGUAGAUACCAGCCUUGAGGGUCCUGAUCUCAAAGGAGGAAAGGUCAACAUCCCAACUGCUGACAUUUCACUUCCCAAAGGAAAAGUUGAGGGUGACAUAAAUGUUGAAGGCCUUGAGGUGAAAGGAGGGAAAUUGAAAAUGCCGAAAUUUGAUGUAUCUCUGCCAAAAGUGAGUCUGCCAAAGGUUGAUGCCAAUGUGGAAGGACCAGAUAUGAAAGGAAGAAAUGAAAUGCCAACUCUUGAUAUUUCACUUCCAAAAGGAAAAGCAGAUGUGGAUAUUGGCAUUGAUGGGCACAGUGUUAAAGGAGGCAAGUUUCACAUGCCCUCACUUGAUAUAUCUAUUCCUAAAAUGAAAGCAAAGGGAGUUGAUGUUGAUAUUGAAGGACCUGAACUUAAAGGUCACAUUUCACUCCCCAAAGGAAACGCUGAGGGUGACCUUGACAUUGAAGGUCCUGAAGUGAAGGAGGGUACAUUUAAAAUGCCAAAAUUUGAUAUCUCAUUGCCAAAAGUGAAUCUCCCAGAGGGUGAUGUCAAAAUAAAAGGCCCAGACAUCAAGGGCGGCAAGAUUGAAAUGCCAGACAUUGACCUGUCACUACCCAAAGGAAAAGCAAAAGGAGAAAUAGACAUUGAAGGACAUGCAGGAGGCAAGUUCCAUAUGCCCUCUGUUGAUAUUUCUCUUCCCAAAUUGAAAGCAAAGGGAGUUGAUGUCAAUAUUGUAGGUCCUGAACCUAAGGGAGGAAAAAUCAACAUGCCAGACAUUGACCUGUCACUCCCCAAAGGAAAUGCUGAUCUUAGUAUUGAGGGUUCUGAGGUAAAAGGAGGCAAAUUCAAAAUGCCCAAAUUUGAUGUUUCACUUCCAAAGAUGAACCUGCUAGAAGGCAAUGUCAAAGUGGAAGGACCAGAGAUGCCAGCUGUUGACAUUUCAGUUCCAGUGGAAAGAGUAGAGGGAGAUAUCAAGAUUGAAGGACCAUCUGGAAAGGGAAAGAUUGAAGUGGCAAAGGUUGACCUGUCUGGUAAAAAAGGUGGUGGGCUCCACAUGCCAACUCUUGACAUAAAUCUCCCCAAAUUUGAUCUUGACCUCAGCCUUCCCUCUGGUCUGAAAGACCAAAGCCUCAAAGUGGACACCAGUGGUCCUGAAGCAUCAGGAGAUUUGAAGAUGUCUGGUCUCAAACAAGAUAUUAAUCCAGCCAAGUUAAAAGUAAAGGGUGUGGACAUCAAGACAGGUGGUACAGAAGGCCCAGGUGCAUCCCUCAAACUUCCCAAUGUCAAACUACCAACAGUUGACAUCUCAGUUCCAAGGGUGGAUCUAGACUUUGGCCUCACCGAACCUAAAGGUGAUGAUGUGGAAGUGGAGCUUCUGAAAGCGGAGGGAGGCAGGCCUUCUUCAGGGGGCAGCUUUGAUCUACCUAAUGUCUCCCUUAAAGUCCCCAGUUUUUCUCUUCCCAGGUUUGGUGGAAAGUCUAAGAGUGGUGAUUUGGUGAUAUCUGGCCCCAAGGGGGAUGUUUCCCUCAGCGCACCACAUGUGGAAGGAGAGAUUAGGGCACCAUCAGUGGAGUUUGAUGGGGAUGGAAAGGUCAAGGUGAAAAAACCUAAAAUCAAAAUGCCCUCAUUUGGUAUAUCCAAAAAGCAUGCAGAUGUAUCUGUGUCUUGUCCUGAUGUGGAUGUUAAAGUAAAGAAAGGGAAAAUUGGCAUUUCUAAACCAGAAGUCAAUGUUCGGAGCCCAGAUGAUAAAUCAAAAUACAAAGUGAAAUUCCCUAAGUUUAAAAUAUCAUCACCAAAAGAUCAACUCUCAGAGGGAGAGGUUGAUGCGAAACUAGAGGGAAAUGUGGAAGGAAAAGGUGGCUUCCAUGCACCUGACGUCACUAUCAAACUACCAAAGUUCUCCAUGCUAGGAUUUGGCUCCAAAGAAAAAGAUUUAGGUAAGCCAAGUGGUUACCUUGAGUCGAAGGCCAAAGUUAAGAUGCCCUCUGUCGAACUGUCGCUACCAGCAGCUAAAACACCAGAUAAUGAGGUUCUCCUUCCCAAAGCAGAGGUUGAUGUCUCAGAGGCUGAUAUCAGAGGUUAUGAGGGAAACCUCAAAAUUCCCCAAAUGCCAAUGAUUGAUGUUUCCAUUCCCAAAAUAGACCUAGAUGUGUCCCUGCCAAAAGUAAAGCAUGAUGCAAAGGUUGAUGAACAAGGAGGAAAAUUCAAGAUGCCAGACAUCAAGAUGCCUGACAUUGACUUCUCCCUUCCUAAAGGUAAAGCAGGUGACACUGAAGGAGGUCACAUUGGCAUUGAUGCAGAAGGAGGAAAAUUUAAAAUGCCUCACAUAAAAAUGCCAGAUGUUGACAUCUCUCUGCCCAAAGGAAAGAUUGAGGGUCCAGACAUUGAAAUGGGGGGAGGUACUGGAGGAAAAUUCAAAAUGCCUCACAUGAAAAUGCCCAACAUUGACAUCUCUCUGCCAAAAGGAAAGAUUGUAGGUUCAGAUGUUGAAGUGGAGGGAGGUACAGGAGGAAAGUUCAAAAUGCCUCACAUGAAAAUGCCAGAUUUUGACAUCUCUCUACCUAAAGGAAAGAUUGAGGGUCCAGAGAUGGAGAUCAAAGGAGAAGGUGGAAAAUUCCAGAUGCCACAUCUCAGCAUGCCCUCUGUUGAUAUUUCACUGCCAAAAGGAAAGAUUGAGGGUCCAGACAUUGAAAUGGAGGGAGGUACUGGAGGAAAAUUCAAAAUGCCUCACAUGAAAAUGCCAGAUGUUGACAUCUCUCUGCCCAAAGGAAAGAUUGAAGGUCCAGAUGUUGAAAUGGAGGGAGGUACCGGAGGAAAGUUCAAAAUGCCUCACAUGAAAAUGCCAGAUGUUGACAUCUCUCUGCCCAAAGGAAAGAUUGAAGGUCCAGACAUUGAAAUGGAGGGAGGUAAUGGAGGAAAAUUCAAAAUGCCUCACAUGAAAAUGCCCAACGUUGACAUCUCUCUACCUAAAGGAAAGGUGGAAGGUCCAGAUGUUGAAAUGGAGGGAGGUACCGGAGGAAAGUUCAAAAUGCCUCACAUGAAAAUGCCCAACAUUGACAUCUCUCUGCCAAAAGGAAAGAUUGAAGGUCCAGAGAUGGAGAUCAAAGGAGAAGGUGGAAAAUUCAAGAUGCCACAUCUCAGCAUGCCCACUGUUGAUAUUUCAUUGCCAAAAGGAAAGAUUGAAGGUCCAGACAUUGAAAUGGAGGGAGGUACCGGAGGAAAGUUCAAAAUGCCUCACAUGAAAAUGCCCAACAUCGACAUCUCUCUGCCAAAAGGAAAGAUUGAAGGUCCAGAUGUUGAAAUGGAGGGAGGUACCGGAGGAAAGUUCAAAAUGCCUCACAUGAAAAUGCCCAACAUUGACAUCUCUCUGCCAAAAGGAAAGAUUGAAGGUCCAGAGAUGGAGAUCAAAGGAGAAGGUGGAAAAUUCAAGAUGCCACAUCUCAGCAUGCCCUCUGUUGAUAUUUCAUUGCCAAAAGGAAAGAUUGAGGGUCCAGACAUUGAAAUGGAGGGAGGUACUGGAGGAAAAUUCAAAAUGCCUCACAUGAAAAUGCCCAACAUCGACAUCUCUCUGCCAAAAGGAAAGAUUGAAGGUCCAGAUGUUGAAAUGGAGGGAGGUACCGGAGGAAAGUUCAAAAUGCCUCACAUGAAAAUGCCAGAUGUUGACAUCUCUCUGCCCAAAGGAAAGAUUGAGGGUCCAGACAUUGAAAUGGAGGGAGGUAAUGGAGGAAAAUUCAAAAUGCCUCACAUGAAAAUGCCCAACGUUGACAUCUCUCUACCUAAAGGAAAGGUGGAAGGUCCAGAUGUUGAAAUGGAGGGAGGUAACGGAGGAAAGUUUAAAAUGCCUCACAUGAAAAUGCCCAACAUUGACAUCUCUCUGCCAAAAGGAAAGAUUGAAGGUCCAGAGAUGAAGAUCAAAGGAGAAGGUGGAAAAUUCCAGAUGCCACAUCUCAGCAUGCCCUCUGUUGAUAUUUCAUUGCCAAAAGGAAAGAUUGAGGGUCCAGACAUUGAAAUGGAGGGAGGUACUGGAGGAAAAUUCAAAAUGCCUCACAUGAAGAUGCCCAACAUUGACAUCUCUCUGCCAAAAGGAAAGAUGGAAGGUCCAGAUGUUGAAAUGGAGGGAGGUACCGGAGGAAAGUUCAAAAUGCCUCACAUGAAAAUGCCAGAUGUUGACAUCUCUCUACCUAAAGGAAAGAUAGAGGGUCCAGAGAUGGAGAUCAAAGGAGAAGGUGGAAAAUUCAAGAUGCCACAUCUCAGCAUGCCCUCUGUUGAUAUUUCACUGCCAAAAGGAAAGAUUGAGAGUCCAGACAUUGAAAUGGAGGGAGGUACUGGAGGAAAAUUCAAAAUGCCUCACAUGAAAAUGCCCAACAUCGACAUCUCUCUGCCAAAAGGAAAGAUUGAAGGUCCAGAUGUUGAAAUGGAGGGAGGUACCGGAGGAAAGUUCAAAAUGCCUCACAUGAAAAUGCCCAACGUUGACAUCUCUCUACCUAAAGGAAAGGUGGAAGGUCCAGAUGUUGAAAUGGAGGGAGGUACUGGAGGAAAGUUCAAAAUGCCUCACAUGAAAAUGCCCAACAUUGACAUCUCUCUGCCAAAAGGAAAGAUCGAAGGUCCAGAGAUGGAGAUCAAAGGAGAAGGUGGAAAAUUCCAGAUGCCACAUCUCAGCAUGCCCUCUGUUGAUAUUUCACUGCCAAAAGGAAAGAUUGAGGGUCCAGAUGUUGAAAUGGAGGGAGGUACCGGAGGAAAGUUCAAAAUGCCUCACAUGAAAAUGCCCAACGUUGACAUCUCUCUACCUAAAGGAAAGGUGGAAGGUCCAGAUGUUGAAAUGGAGGGAGGUACUGGAGGAAAGUUCAAAAUGCCUCAUAUAAAAAUGCCAAAUGUUGGCAUCUCUCUGCCAAAAGGAAAAUUUGAGGGUCCAGAGAUGGAGAUCAAAGGAAAAGGUGGAAAAUUCAAGAUGCCACAUCUCAGCAUGCCCUCUGUUGAUAUUUCACUGCCAAAAGGAAAGAUGGAAGGUCCAGAUGUUGAAAUAGAGGGAGGUACCGGAGGAAAGUUCAAAAUGCCUCACAUGAAAAUGCCAGAUGUUGACAUCUCUCUGCCCAAAGGAAAGAUUGAGGGUCCAGACAUUGAAAUUGAGGGAAGUACUGGAGGAAAAUUCAAAAUGCCUCACAUGAAAAUGCCCAACAUCGACAUCUCUCUACCUAAAGGAAAGAUUGAAGGUCCAGAUGUUGAAAUGGAGGGAGGUACCGGAGGAAAGUUAAAAAUGCCUCACAUGAAAAUGCCAGAUGUUGACAUCUCUCUGCCCAAAGGAAAGAUUGAAGGUCCACACAUUGAAAUGGAGGGAGGUAAUGGAGGAAAAUUCAAAAUGCCUCACAUGAAAAUGCCCAACAUUGACAUCUCUCUGCCAAAAGGAAAGAUCGAAGGUCCAGAGAUGGAGAUCAAAGGAGAAGGUGGAAAAUUCAAGAUGCCACAUCUCAGCAUGCCCUCUGUUGAUAUUACAUUGCCAAAAGGAAAGAUUGAGGGUCCAGACAUUGAAAUGGAGGGAGGUAAUGGAGGAAAAUUCAAAAUGCCUCACAUGAAAAUGCCCAACAUUGACAUCUCUCUGCCAAAAAGAAAGAUGGAAGGUCCAGAUGUUGAAAUGGAGAGAGGUACAGGAGGAAAGUUCAAAAUGCCUCACAUGAAAAUGACAGAUGUUGACAUCUCUCUACCUAAAGGAAAGAUAGAGGGUCCAGAGAUGGAGAUCAAAGGAGAAGGUGGAAAAUUCAAGAUGCCACAUCUCAGCAUGCCCUCUGUUGAUAUUUCACUGCCAAAAGGAAAGAUUGAGGGUCCAGACAUUGAAAUGGAGGGAGGUAAUGGAGGAAAAUUCAAAAUGCCUCACAUGAAAAUGCCCAACGUUGACAUCUCUCUACCUAAAGGAAAGGUGGAAGGUUCAGAUGUUGAAAUGGAGGGAGGUACCGGAGGAAAGGUCAAAAUGCCUCAUAUAAAAAUGCCAAAUGUUGGCAUCUCUCUGCCAAAAGGAAAUUAGGGUCCAGAGAUGGAGAUCAAAGGAAAAGGUGGAAAAUUCAAGAUGCCACAUCUCAGCAUGCCCACUGUUGACAUCUCUCUGCCAAAAGGAAAGAUUGAGGGUCCAGACAUUGAAAUGGAGGGAGGUACUGGAGGAAAAUUCAAAAUGCCUCACAUGAAGAUGCCCAACAUUGACAUCUCUCUGCCAAAAGGAAAGAUGGAAGGUCCAGAUGUUGAAAUGGAGAGAGGUACCGGAGGAAAGUUCAAAAUGCCUCACAUGAAAAUGCCAGAUGUUGACAUCUCUCUACCUAAAGGAAAGAUUGAGGGUCCAGAGAUGGAGAUCAAAGGAGAAGGUGGAAAAUUCAAGAUGCCACAUCUCAGCAUGCCCUCUGUUGAUAUUUCACUGCCAAAAGGAAAGAUUGAGGGUCCAGACAUUGAAAUGGAGGGAGGUACUGGAGGAAAAUUCAAAAUGCCUCACAUGAAAAUGCCCAACGUUGACAUCUCUCUGCCAAAAGGAAAGAUUGAAGGUCCAGAUGUUGAAAUGGAGGGAGGUACCGGAGGAAAGUUCAAAAUGCCUCAUAUAAAAAUGCCAGAUGUUGACAUCUCUCUGCCCAAAGGAAAGAUUGAGGGUCCAGACACUGAAAUGGAGGGAAGUACUGGAGGAAAAUUUAAAAUGCCUCACAUGAAAAUGCCCAACGUUGACAUCUCUCUACCUAAAGGAAAGGUGGAAGGUCCAGAUGUUGAAAUGGAGGGAGGUACCGCAGGAAAGUUCAAAAUGCCUCAUAUAAAAAUGCCAAAUGUUGGCAUCUCUCUGCCAAAAGGAAAGAUUGAGGGUCCAGACAUUGAAAUGGAGGGAGGUACCGCAGGAAAGUUCAAAAUGCCUCACAUGAAAAUGCCAGAUGUUGACAUCUCUCUACCUAAAGGAAAGAUUGAAGGUCCAGAGAUGGAGAUCAAAGGAGAAGGUGGAAAAUUCAAGAUGCCACAUCUCAGCAUGCCCUCUGUUGAUAUUUCACUGCCCAAAGGAAAGAUCGAAGCUCCCAAUGUUGAAAUGGAGGGAGGUACUGGAGGAAAAUUCAAAAAACCUCAAAUGAAAAUGCCAGAUGUUGACAUCUCUCUGCCCAAAGGAAAGACUGAAGGUCCAGACAUUGAAAUCGAGGGAGGUACAGGAGGGAAGUUCAAAAUGCCUCACAUGAAAAUGCCCAACAUUGAUGUCUCUCUCCCCAAAGGAAAGAUUGAAGUUCCAGAUGUUGAAAUGGAGGGAGGUGCAGGAGGAAAGUUCAAAUUGCCUCAUUGGAAAAUGCCAGAUUUUGACAUCUCUCUGCCCAAAGGAAAGAUUGAAGGCCCAGACGUUGAAAUAGAGGGAGGUGCAGGAGGAAAAUUCAAAAUGCCUCAUAUGAAAAUGCCAGAUGUUGACAUUGCUCUUUCCAAAGGAAAAUCUGGCAAAAUUGAAGGAGCGGAGUUUGAGAUUGAGGUAGGCAAAUCUGCAAUGCCACACAUUACAAUGCCCUCAGUAGACAUGUCACUGCCAAAAGGAAAGACUGAAGGUCCCAAAGUUGAAAUUAAGGGUGAGGGAGGAAAGUUCAAGAUGCCAAAAGUGGACAUAUCUCUUCCAAAAGGAAAACCUUCAAUCGAAGGUCCAGAGGUAGAUAUUAAGGGAGAUGGGGGACAGUUCAAAAUGCCUAAUGUGGGCAUAUCUAUCCCCAAAGGAAAAGAAAAUAUUGACAUACCAGAGGAGAAAAUGGCAGCAGAUGGAGGAACCAUCCAACUGCCCCAUGUCAAGAUGCCCAAAGUUGAUAUUUCACUUCCUAAAGGUAACAGUAAAGAUAUUGAAGCAACUGCUAUAGAGAUGGAAGUCACAGGAGGAAAGUCCAAAGGUCCACAUGUUAAACUUCCAAAGGGGGGUAUAUCAGUGCUGAAGGAUAAAUCAGGUGAAGCGGAGAUCAACUUACCAACAGUUGAGGCAGGAGGGAAAGUUAAAGUGCCACAGGUCACAUCACCAGAUCUGGACAUCGAUGUGAGACUUGGUAAACCUAAACAAGACACAGAGGCUCAUGGGGAAGCUGAUUUGCAUGUUGAGGGAGAGCACAAAGGUCUGAAACUCAAGAUGCCAACAAUAGAUAUUAAAGGUCCAAAAGGAGACCUGGAGCUUGAUAUAGGACUUCAUAGAGGAGAGGGCAAUAAGGACAGGAAAAAAAUUGAACUACCUGACUUGGACCUCAACACAACAGGUAGCAGCAGUAAAGUAAAGGGGCCUAAAGUCAAAGGAACAAAAUUCAAGAUUGGAAUGCCAAAAAAGAAAACUGGCAGAGAUGUAACAGCAGAAGCAAAAAUAUGCAAAACAUGUGGGGAUGAAGAGAUAGGUGGUAAAGCCAAGCACAGAUGCAGGGGUAAAGAAAGAUUUGAAUAUGAUGUUAAACUUGAAACUCACAACGGACAUAAAGAGAACAAAGAUCAUAUUAACAUCCCAGUGCCAGAGGUUACAGUACCAACCAAACAAGGUUCAGCAGAAUUAGGAACAGGGGGAGAGGGUAGCCUCUCGUCACCCAGAGCAGAUAUCAAAGUCCCCAGGAUUCCAGACAUAGAGUUUGAUAUUGCUACAUCACAUGAUGAAGAUGAGGACAAAACGGAAAAAGGCAAGAAAAUCAAAAUCCCAAAGUUUGGUGUCCCAUUACCCUCCAUGUCCUCUCCUGAGGGAAAAAUGAAUAUCUUUGGGCCAGAAAUUCAGUAUGAGGGCCCUAAAAUGCCCAAAGUAAAGAAAGCUGUCUUUGUCUUGGUAAAUCCUCCUCAAACAGUUGAGCAUGCUGCAUGCACAGGCCACCUAGAAAAGGAGACAACACCUGAGGCUGAAAAAGAGGAUGUCAAAGUGAAGAUGCCCAAAAUCAAAAUGAAGCCAAGCUUUGGGAAGUCCAAAGAUAAAGCAGCCGCUGUGUCAUUUUCUCCUGGCAAAUCAGGGUCGUUUGAUGUCAAUCUAAGGGGCAAUGGUUCAGGUUCAAGUCUAAACGGUGAAAAAGAUGCAUGUCCUCACAAGGCCUCCAAUGACGAUAAAAGGACUUUCAGUGGCAAAAUGAAACUUCCAAAGGUGGAGUUAACCUCUCCAUAUGGCAAGAUGGCUGCAGAGGGGGAGGACACUGAAAUGAGUUUGAAACUGGGAAAGGAUUCAUCACCAGGAGAAGUGGAGGGAGACACUAAAGGGCUUGAAGUACAAUCAGGCAAGAUGGCCUUCGCUGGUUUUAGUGACGAGCUCUCGAAGAAUGUGGUGUCAUCUCACGCCAGAACAGAUAUGCUGGACAGAGACAGCUCAGAGUCCCCUGCUAGUUUUACCAUGGAGUUCAGCUCAGCAAAGGUCCAGUCUUGGAGCGAGGUCGAGAGCCACAGCAGAGAAUCUGAAGAAAGAGAGUCUUCCCCCUGGUUCAAGGUCCCAAAGUUCACCCUGAAGCCACACUCCACAGGCUUCCUUCAGAUAACCCCAGAGGGUUCUCCUCAGGCCCAGCGGAAGGGGGAGGUGGGAGGGGAGGCCGACGUCUCAGGGUCUUUCUGCCUCCACUCCUCCGGACUUGACUUCACCACCCAGGACAUAUCCGAAGAGAACCGAGUCUCCUCCAUCGAGGAUGGAACUGUCACUAUGGUGACUAAGACCACCAGGAUCACCCGGCACAUGGUUACCAGUGAAACGCGAACAGGUGAAUCUUCAGCAACGACAAAAACAACUCACCAGGCGUCGGACUUCAAGCACUGAGGAUGCUGUAAUAAUAAUAUCUUAAAUGUUUUUCUUUGGUGAGGUUGCAGUGUUCUUGUAUGCUAAGCCUGCAACGUGGCAAACUACGAUUAAGUACAAGUCUUUAUUUUAUAUUUUAAUAGGUGAGGCUAAAGCAACAGAGUAAUAUAUAUGCUUCCUUUUUUCAUUUUAAAUGUGACUAUUUUUUGUUACUGUUCUUCGACUUUUGUUAGUUUAGUCCUAAUUAUUUAUCGGAUUUUGUUUGGUUUUAAAGUUUUCACUCUGAAUGUAAACAUGUCACAUUGCGUUAUUAUUUAUUGUUGUUUGUGUAUUCAAAAUGUGCUGGAAUGAGUCAUUUAUCCACAUCAGCAUCAUGGAUUUGACGAUAAUAAGUUCAUUUUGGGCCAGUGCAGGCCAGAGUAAAAUUCAUGUAAAUACAACUAUAUCAUUGUUUUUUUUUUGUUUUUUUGAAGCAGUAUCCCUUCAAUCCGAAAUGUAAUUAUUUUCAUAUUUACCAGAGUCAGGAGAGGAAAUGAUAUUUUUUGACCUGAUAAGCUAUUUUGUUUGUCUUGAAGGAAAAGUGUGAGCUUUUUGAGAUUUAGGCUAUUUUCAUUUUUCUGCCAUGGUUUUAUAUUUUAAGCAUUUAGCUGGUGCUGUUACCCAGAAAUAGUCACAGUGAGUAAGCAGUACGCUCUGGACUCUUUCUUUCUGCUGUGGGGAUCAAACCUGUGACCUUUUGGUUACGGGUUGCUCUCGAACAUUUACUGUAGGCCACCCUGCUGCUAAUCUAUUUAUAUUUAUGUUUUACACUGUACACUGCCAGAAAAUGACGCCACUGUAUAUUUUGUGAUUGAGACUUUAGCUUCAAGAUAGACCUUCUGGCUGAUGCUGAUUUCUCGAAACUCAGCUGUGAACUACGUUGAGUUUCAAAACAAAUCGACGGCAAACUAGGACGAAAAAUGUGGGGUUUUAGGGAUGCUGUUGGGUGCUUUAACAAAAUCAGUGAGAGGAGUUUUAAAGGUAAAACUGUAAACCUUUUUUCUCUUGACACUUAAAAAGUAGCUCUCUAAAAAUGACGUUACUAUCAGGCUGCUACAAUGACAGACUGGCUAAGGAGUGGCGAGCCUCGAUGUUGUACAAACACCACCGAAGAGAGGGGAUCAAGAACAAGAGGACCAAGGCACGUUUUCCUUUGGCUUAGAAUGUCUUAAAUAAUCUGACAUUCUUCUGUUUAUUGAAUAUUAUUGAAAAUAUUACAGAAUAACGUUGGAUGUUAAAAUGUCAGAUUAAUUAAAAGCAUUUUCACUAUCCCUUUAUUUUUCAAAAAGAGUGUCCUCAAUUUUAACAUAUAAAUUGCUUUAUUGUUAAAUGGGGGGGGGGGGAGGCUUUAUGCUGUCUUUUAGAUAUUGACUUUAUUGUCUCUACAUUGAGACAUUUAAGUUUCAUUCUCAAAUGCAGUACCCACCAUUUGAGAAAAACAGCUACUGUUACUGGAAUGAAAUGAAAACUUUUGAAAACUACUGAUUGUAUACACCACUCAUAGCCAUUUACUUACAAGAGAACAGUUUCACACGAUGCAACCAUCCGAUUAAAAAAAAAAUAAUGAGCUACUUUUCAAGUGGAUGUAAAGCAUUUAAGAAUGGACACUUUUGCUUUACUUGGUUGGUAGAUGGUAGAAGAAAUCCUGACAAAUCUACUCCCACACUUUUUUCAUUAACAUUUAACACUAUGCCUGUUUUUCAGGAGAGAAAUAGUUUCUAGAUUUAAAAAAAAAAAAAAAAAAGCCGGGA